AUGUUUCCCUGUCACCGAUGCCGCUUCCACCCAAGCAAGGUGGCUGCCACCAUUGCAAACUACUUGACAGUGUCUGAGGAUGAGGACCAGAUCGCUGCAAAUCUCGUGAAAAAUGGGCCUCUUUCGACUUGCCCUCGCAUUUGCCCGGGUGGGGACAACAUGAACCAUGCGGUGCUCCUUGUUGGCUAUGGCAUGGAUGGUGAUAAGCCCUACUGGAUCCUCAAGAAUUCUUGGAGCGAGAACUAUGGUGAAGAUGGAUAUUUUAGGUUGUGUCGAGGGUUUGGUGUCUGUGGCAUGAACACCAGAGUCUCUACUGUUUCUGCAUAG